AGCCCUGGUUAAUAGCAGCCCUGUUCGCUUGGGCAGCGCAAAUUCUGUCGCGCCCGAAUUCAAUUUCAAUAAGAAUUAAAAAUGUUUGAAACAGAAGAUAUGCUGCCACGAGCGGCUCCCAGACCAAGUGCACCUAUACCUUUGGGCCAUACUGAUGAGAUUGUUAAGCCGACGGUGCCUGAAGUUUCGAUAUUGUUCGGGCAGCAGCCGCCGCAGCAACAAGCUCAAAUUCAGCAACAACAACAGCAAGCUCAGGUACAGCAACAACGCCCUGCAACUUUCGCGUCGUGGAAGAAGCAAGUGUUGCCUCGUGUCAACUUUUCUCCGGUGGUGUCAACUGAAUUAGGCCCAGCCACUCCACCCGCUGCCACAGCUGUAGCAAUCAGUGGGGUUGUUGGCGGAAAUGAGUAUAACUUUCUACCGCGCAGUCGCGCCUUCGAUGCGCAGCAGGCUAGCAAUCUAAAUCGAGGAUAUGCAGCAUCUGCUGCCUCACACUAUCCACGCGAAACGUAUGCCCCAGAUGAGCUGGUGUCUACCCCUCGCUCGUCCAACUCCAAUGCAACUGCAACUGCAACUGAUGUACUUACGAUUUGUGCCAGCACACAAACAGAAGCAGAACCUGUAUCAGCUGUCAAGGAUCACAGGCCAGAAUCUGGCAACUCAAUAGAUAAGAGUGAUAUUAAAGAAAUACUGACACUAUUGGAAACUAUGCGCCAGGAGCAACAGCAAUUAAGACGCCUCUGCGAGUCCCUGGCGCAGCAGCAGCAACAACAGCAACUGCCAAGCGCAAAGACCUUCAAAGAAACUGGCUCUCAGUGCGUGCUUCUUGGUCCACCCAAAAGCAAUGUUCCAAUGGUCAAGCGCACUACACCCAUUAUUCACGAUUAUAUAGUCGAAGAGGAGGAGCUGCCGGCUAGAGCUUUGCCACAAUUCCAGUCGCCACGUACUGCACCUCCAAUAGCCCAGUCCACCGGAUAUCGCUGUAAUACGCCACAGAGUAAACAAUCGCCCGCUUUGCCUGUCAAAUCGAACACGGACAAAACAUUGGUUAUGAACGAGCUGGCCCUGAAGUAUUUGCCACAACGACAAAUCAACGAAUUAAUGGACGAUUUGCAUGUUUCACCCAAGCCUGGGAACGAGGUCGUUUCAAAUGGAACCCCAUUGCGCGCCAUUGACAAUUUCAACCAGAGUCCGAAUAAUAUGUCUAAUGCUUCCUAUAAAUAUCUCAAGAAAUAUCGUCUUCUGCCCGAAGAACAAAUGGGCUACGAUCAUCAUCAGCUUAUAAUAUCAUCGCCGCAGGCCAGGAGCCAGGAGCCCAUGCUGGACUUGGAUAACAUACGCAAUCAGCCAAAGCUAUUGUAAAAAAAACCGAAUUUUUUCUUUAUUAUAAUAUAUAUAGUGUAUAUUUUUAUAUAAUUUU